GGUUUCAGUUGUAAAUCACUAUCGCAGUCUCUGUGUAUUGUCUCAUUUUUGUGUUAUACUAAAGACCUCAUUCGCGGCUCUCGCUUUGUUUUUACCGGUUGUGUUUAUUUUUUCAGUUUCUAAUUAAACUGACUCGACAUUUUUAUUUGUUUAUUUUAAUUUUUCUUUUUUAAAUAAAAGAAAAAAAUUAAUAAUUUAACAUUUUUAACAUUUAAAUGCAACAUGUAAAUAAAGAUAUGACAAGCGUGUUAAGUCGCUUUGACUGUUGCUGAUGUUGAUUUUUUAUAUUUAUAAAGAAUUUUUUUUUUUUCGUUACGACCAUUAGAGUUGAAAAAUAUUGAUUUUGUGAUGAUAUAAUCUAACCAACCAACCAUACAUUAUAUUGACGAAUAUAAAUAUCCUCAAACUCUUUUAUUAAAAUAAAAAACAAAAAAAAAGACAAAAUGCUUCGUAGCGCAGCUAAUCCCGCCUUGAAACUUAUCCUAGGCCUUGGCUUAUGCACCGUCGGCGGUGCCAUGUUAUAUGUUUAUUUUAAAAAUCGUGACGAAGAAGAAGAUGAACUCGAUAAACUUCGCAAACCGCGAUCCUCUACCGCAACAUCAGCCGCAGCCCCAAUUCAAAAAGAAGUGAAAAUCCAAAUGACUAUUGGCAAUGAGUAUAUACCUCUUGUGGUUGGACGUGCCGGAGCCAAUUUGGCUCGUAUCGAAGAGAGAAGUAAAACAACUAUUCGCUUUAGAGACAAAGAUGACAUAAGUAAGCUAUGUGAAAUUCGUGGUUUUCCUUUGGCAGUGAAAGAAGCUAAACAAAUGAUUCUCAAAGAAAUCGAACGCUCUCCCAUUGUCAAGGAGGAGAUCUUCGUCCCACAGAGUGUGUGUGGUAAAAUAAUCGGUCGUUGUGGUGAAUCAAUGCAGGAAAUCUGUCGCCAGUCUAUGGCCAAAGUGUCUGUUGAUUCGGGCGGGCGUAAUGGCGGGAUCCAUAAACGUCGUAUUGUCAUUACUGGCAAUCGUUCUCAAGUGAACAUUGCUAGAAAACUCAUCGAAGAUAAAAUCCAAGAAGAUGAAGAUCUCAAAAAAUCCAUGGAAGAAGUCGAACUCACAAGAGAACCUCGUCGCAGUCCCACCAACAGCAUGUCAUCAAGUAUUUACUCGUCACAAACCUCGCUGAAUUCUCAAAUGCUAUCGCCACGUGAGAAACUAUGCACCAGUGAAUAUGAAAAACCAUUGGAAGUGUAUGUUUCGGCAAUUGCUUCGCCUGGUAAAUUCUGGGUUCAAUUGAUUGGACCGCAAUCGAAGAAACUUGACAAUUUGGUCAAAGAAUUGACUGACUAUUACAAUGUUGCUGAAAAUCGUGAAUUACAUACGAUUACUGAGCCUUAUUUGGGACAAAUUGUGGCGGCUGUCUUUAAGUAUGAUGGCAAAUGGUAUCGUGCAGAAAUUGUGGGCAUUCUCCCAAAUGAAUACAAUGCCAAUGAAGUGGUUUUGGAUUUGUAUUUUGUCGAUUAUGGUGACAGUGAGUAUUGUUCGCCACAUGAAGUGUUUGAAUUGCGAACGGAUUUCCUUACUCUGAGAUUCCAAGCUAUUGAAUGCUUUUUGGCAAAUAUUAAGUCAACUGUGCCAAAUGAUCCAGACACAUGGGAACAGCAGUCAAUAAUACGAUUUGAAGAAUUCACACAAGUUGCAAAUUGGAAGAAAUUGAUCUCUAAAGUCGUUACAUACAAGGAUCGCCCGAAACCCGGUAAUCGUUCCAAAAGAGAGGGAUCUCCUGUGCCUGGAGUUGAACUUUUUGAUUUAUCCGAAGGUCAUGAGGUCAGUAUAAACAAUUUACUUUUGUCACAUGGACUCGCAUUACCCGAAAAUGGAAACGAAGUUUUACGACUUGGUGGCGGUAAUUCACCCAUGUCCAGCCCCCGAACUAUUUCAUAUGAAAGUAUACCGACCCACAACGAAGAUAUUCCCGGAAAAAAUCCAGCCUAUACAAAUGGAAAUAACUCGCUAAGCUUACAAAGCAAUAACACAUCAAUCAGUAAUAAUCCUAAACAACCAGAACAGCAAAUACAGCAAGUUGCUGGCGAUUACUUUAAUGGCAACUAUUCAGUUGAAGAAGAAAGUGAUUUAAAUUCAACUGGGAAAAGUAGAUUUAACAAUUCGAAUGGACAGUGGAAGAACGUUUUAAGUUAGAUUAUUAGAAUUCAGUUAAAAAGAAACAAAACAAAAAAACGCAUAGAUUUAAGUUUAUUUUAACUUUUGAUGAUGAUAUGUAAAUAGUUGAUUUAAUUUUUUCUUCCCUUUCCUACUUCUAUAUCUCUUCUAUGUUCUCUAAAUCUAUGAUUUUAAGCUUUCAUAAAUUAUAUUGCAGAACCCUUAAGAUAUUCUUAUAUAAUUAUAAGUUGACUUAUAUGUAGUUUUUAGAGUUUCUUAAAUUAUUUUUGCCAAAAUUAUAAGCAAAGCAAUAUUAAAGAAUCAAACCUAAACAAGAUAAAACGUUUUAUUUGAAAAUAAAGGUAAUCGGCCCUAGUGAGGUAUUCGUCGGAGCGGAAAAUUCUCCGAUUUCAUACGAAUUAUGCUUUGAGGUGUGCUUCUGACAGUUAAAAACUCUCCGACGGAUACCUCGCUAGGGUCGAAUAUCUAUAGACGUGCCAAUUUAUAUCAAUUAUAACAGUUUUUCUUCAUUAAAAGCACGAAAUAUUCAACAUCAAGCAAGCGGAAGAAAAACAUCUCUGUUAUACAAAAACUGUUAUACUGUUGGCAUGUCUUGAGUGAUAGUCACUGAUUUCUAUAACACACUCGAUAGUGGAUUCAUAUUCAAAAAAUUACAGUUUUUUUUUAUCGUUUUCUUCCUUUUACGAAAAGUGAGAUGAUACAAUUUUUUGGAUAAUAGUAUAACAAAAUUAUUAUACUUAUCUCUGUCUAUCUUUAUCAAAUUUAAGCUAAUAUUAAAUGCUCCAUUUUUUUCCAUUUUCAUUUUUACUGAUAAGUAAUUUACUGUUGGAAACAAAUUUUAUUCGAAGUUAAACUUCUUUUGUCGCGUUUGUUCUUAUAUUAACGAAUUAUUAAGGUGUGAACCUUAUAAAUAAAAAAUGGCAUAUUUACACGAGUACGAAAAAAGUUUUGACAAAAGUAAAGUAUAAUUUAUUUCAAUCGCGUGUACAUCUGUACAUUCUCUUUUUGUUUUUAGCUGAAGAUGCGUGCUAAAUUUCCUUAAUAAAUUUUAGCUUGGCUUAAUUGUAUUGAGAAUUUUGUAUGGGAGUUAAAAUUUAGUUCGAUCUGCGUUGUAGUUCUUACACUAUACAGAGUAAGACGGCACUGUGCGAGGUACACCCAAUCUGAUCUCUAAUAAAUUGAGGCAAAAAAAAAAA